GCUUUCUCAGGUUGGGGUGUUCUAACGCCGCUCGAGCCCCAGCGGGCGAGGCAACCCUCCGGCCCCAGGACUCGGCACCGUGCCUUCUUCUCCCAGUUUGUUGGGCUCCAUGACCCCUGCCUCCCCCCACACCCCCGUCGGUGCCGAAGGAAACCUGGUUCUGGGCGGCUGGAGCCCACUGGGAAUGGCGGCCCCUUCUAUGAAAGAAAGGCAGGCUUGCUGGGGAGCCCGGGAUGAGUACUGGAAGUGUUUAGAUGAGAACACAGAGGACGCUUCUCGGUGCAAGAAGUUAAGAAGCUCUUUUGAAUCGAGUUGUCCCCAACAGUGGAUAAAAUAUUUUGAUAAAAGAAGAGACUACUUAAAGUUCAAAGAAAAAUUUGAAGCAGGACAAUUCCAGCCUUCAAAACCAACUGUGAAGUCCUAGGCUAUUCCUGAACUUGUCAGAAGGGUUGAAACGAUUCUCUCUGCACCUGCAGCAAUGCUCCACUGACCGUGGCAAUGAUGGGACUCACCAUGCAAAUGGUCAAGUAACAGAUUCCAUCAUUCACACUAUGAAGAGUCGAAAUGGUAUGAAGUAUGCUUAGUUUUAAUGUAGUCAGAAAUCUAUAUUUUAAGAAAAAUUAAAGCCUAUUAUAAAAA